CAACACGUCAUGUCAUCAUUAGACUGAGUACGUUCUUGUUUGCAGGUAAUCCAUUUUACACUGUACCUAUUUUAGCUAGUGAUAAUUACCUUUCCAUCAAUGGUCAGGUUUCAGAGACUAUAUAUAUAUCAUGAUUAUGGGAAGAGUAUCUCACAUUCUCACAUUAUGGAAGGAACUUCUCGAACACUUCCUUACACCAUAAGAUUCGUUGGUCUACUUGGCAGUCAUUCUCUUGGUAGAAAUCCAAAGUUUAUGGCUACUGCGGUAGAUUUAGGAAGGGAAUUGAUAAGGCGAAAGAUUAAACUUGCCUAUGGAGGAGGUAGUGUUGGCCUUCAAGGAGCUGUUGCUUCAACAGUCUUUACCAAUGGUGGUCUCGUUAGAGGUUUCAUUCCUGGGUACAUAGCAACACGACGGGUCUACGGACCUACGUACGGUGUAGAGCAUACAGUUUCCAGCAACUAUUACAAAUAUUUUGAGAUGAAUCAUGCCGUGGAAGCUUUCAUCAUUCUUCCCGGAGGAGUUGACACUAUGGAAGGUUUGUUCACCUUGAUCUCGUGGGCGUCUGAAGGGUUACACAAUAGACCCAUUGGUCUCUUGAAUGUUGAAGGAAUUGGAGAAGGUCAAUCAACCUCUAGGCCACCGCUCUUUGAUGGCACCAACUACACAUAUUGGAAAGAGCGGGUGAGAAUUUAUAUCCGCUCAACCAACUUUCAGUUGUGGUUGGUCAUCAAGAAUGGCGAGGAAAUUCCAAUGAAGAAGGUCGGUGAAAAACUCGUCCCAAAGACCGAGGACGAAUUUGAUGCCGAGGACAUCAAAAAGGUGGAAAACUACGCCAAGGCAAUCAACAUGCUGUACUGUGCCGUCAAUCCUGAUGAUUAUCGCAAGAUCUCUUGCUGCACCACUGCAAAAGAAAUGUGGGACAAGCUGGAGGUCACAUAUGAAGAUGCAAUCUAUGAAUCCAUCGGAGUCUCAAAUGUCACCAUCGACGGGUUAAGAGGUAAUCUCAAAACUUAUGAAUCUACUAUUCUAACCCCAUCUUUGGAUGAACAAAAGAAGAAGGGAAUAGCGCUGAAAGCAACCAAGGAGACCAUGGAAGAAGAUUCAAGCGAUGACGACAACGAGUUCGGACUCGUCAUCAAGAAAUUCCACAAAUUCAUGAAGAAGGAAUUUGAACGGAAAGGAAGAAAGCACGACGGUCCCCCAAAGUGCUAUGGCUGUGGCGAGAUAGGCCACAUCAAGCCAAGAUGUCCAAAAGGCAAAAGCAGCAAGGACAAACCUGGCUUCAAAAAGCAACGAGCCUAUAUCUCAUGGGGUGGCGACUCCGGCGACGAGUCAACUGAUCAAGAAGAGGAGGAAGCCGCCAACCUCUGCCUCAUGGCGCAUGAAGAUCAAACCGACGACAUUCAAGAG